AGGAAGAACAUGCAAACUCCACAUAGAAGGGCCCAGACCGAGAUUCGAACCUGGAACCCUCUUGCUAUGAGGCGACAGUGCAAACCAAUGCACCACUGUGCCACCCCAGAAACAGACCCCUCAACCAUAUCUGUUUUGCCUGUUUGAUGGACAAAAAUAGUUUCCUUCGUCCACACAUGGGAGCGCAUGUGAGAAGGUCACGUGAGUUGGCUACAACAACAACAAAGCAGUUCAGCCAAUCACAGUGCUCCCUCGCUCUCAGCCCAGCUUCGCCCCGCUCGGCUGCGGUCGGUGUUAUUUGAGCGGAAAGCGCGUGAGGGACAGCCUGGGAAACGCACCAGAGGUUCCGUUUGGAGCUCCGGACAUGUCCCGGAAAAGAGCUGCUGAGCCCGGAACGACACCUGAGCACGUCCCGGAGCGAAAGAAGGCCUGCUGGGGAAUUCUGACCAGCCAAGGGUCCUGGGCAGAUCGCUCCCCUCUACAUGAAGCGGCUUCCCAGGGUCGACUGCUUGCCCUGCGCACCCUGCUGGCCCAGGGAUAUCAUGCCAACAUUGUCACUAUUGAUCAUGUGACCCCUCUCCAUGAAGCCUGCCUGUCAGGACAUGUAGCUUGUGUCAGAGCAUUAAUAAAUGCUGGAGCUAAUGUGAAUGCUGCUACCAUCGAUGGCGUAACUCCUCUGUUCAACUGUUGUGCCUCUGGAAGUGUCGGUUGUAUGGAGCUGCUGCUGCAGAGUGGAGCGCACACACACACACCACACACACACUUUCCGUCCGCUCUGCACGAAGCCUGCAAGAGAGGCAAUAGCCAGUGUGUAGAGUCCUUGCUGUCUCAUGGAGCAGAUCCAGACUAUGAAGUGUCCCACCUGGGCUCCCCUCUCUACAUGAGCUGUCUGCACCGACACACAGCCUGCUCAAAGAUUCUGCUGCACAGAGGAGCCAACGUUAAUGUAGGCAGAGGAUGUGACAGUCCGUUGCAUGCAGCUGUCAGACAGGACAGUACUGACCAGGUGUCAGUGUUACUGGACUUUGGAGCUGAUGUCAACCUCAGAGACAGUAACAAUCAGCGACCUGUUGAGCUGGCGCCUCCUGGUGGACAAACACAACAGCUGCUACUGACAUUCGAAGUUUCUCCAAGGAGUCUCUGCCAGCUGUGUCGCAUCCAGAUCAGGAAUCUGAUUGGUCGAUCUAGACUGAAGCUGCUCCCAGUCCUUCCUCUUCCUUCCCUGCUCACUAACUAUCUGGAGCACACGGAGGAUGAUAGGCUCAUAUGCAGGAUGACAGACAACUGAGAUUCCAUUCCUUUAACAGCUUAAAAUUGGAUAUGCCAAGCCCCUUAUUUACCACAACAUAUCACCAAUGUUUUAGACAGUAUGGUUGAGUUUGUGUACUGAAACAUCACUAGAUCAUACACUCAGCUGUACUCUGGAACACAGUACAUUGCCUCUAUGUUGACGCAGUUCACACAGUCUGUUUAUUUUAUAUGUUUAUUAAAUGGCACUUCACAUAUUUUCCUUGUCAGAUGAUUGUCUCACUGACAAUGAUUCAGACUGUGAACUCAUUUUGUUGGUGAAGUGUUGGUUACGUUUUUGUGAAUACUGGAAUUUACUUACCACUGGAAAGUGCUUUCGAGUAUCUGUAUGUAUAUGUAAAUACCAAUAAAUGAUGCAUGACAUGAC